AUGGCAAUGAAGGUGAGGACAUUGACUAUCUUGGCUCUUACAGCCAUGUUGAUCGACUUAGCGGCAGCGACAAACUACGUCGUGGGUGGGACAAGUGGUGGGUGGGCCGUUGGCACAGAGUUGAAAUCAUGGGCUGAUUCUCAGUCAUUUUUGGUUGGAGAUAAUCUCAUUUUCCAGUACUCCCCGAGCCAUGAUUUGGUCGAAGUAACCAAGACAGACUUCGAUUCAUGCCAGCCAACAAAUCCAAUUCAGACUUACACAGACGGCAACACGGCCAUCCCUCUGCCAUCUCCGGGGAAACGAUAUUUCAUCUGCGGAACACCAGGACAUUGCAGUCAAGGAAUGAGGCUAGAAGUGGAGACUCUGGCAACCGCUACUCCUCCACCAACCAUCCCAUCUCCGGCAAGCCCACCGGAGUCAUCUCCUUCAAUUCCAUUGAUUACUCCUGUUUCUUCUCUAGCCCCCCAACAAGCUGAAGCUCCCACUCAGUUGCAGGUCCAGUCUCCUGUCAAUCCUGCAGCGCCAGAUGACUCGCCUUCUUCAAUCAGCUCUGUUCUUGAUGUUCCUUCCACUGGAGCUAACUCGCCUUUCGGUGGUGAUAUUCUGCCGCCCCCAUCUCCUUCGUCGGCAAACAAAUACGAAGCUGUAAUUGGUCUGAGCGUGAUGAUGAUAAUUCUGCUUCUUGGUUUAUGAGAAAUUUAUUGUGAAUUUUUAGUUUCUUUGUAUUCCAUUUACGGUCCUGGA